GCAUAGCAAAAUAGGGCACUCUUUUCUCUAUUAGACUAUAUAGAAAGAAAGUUUUUUUUAAGCUUACUAUAUGGCUAUGUAACGUCGUGAUCAGAACUUUUGGUACACCCUAAGUAAAACAUUUACGUUUAUGGUUCUAAGUUAAGCUAAAUAGAAAGUAGUAGCGGGCUCGACGAAAGAACUAUUGGAAAAAAAGAUCGACAUUUUGUCAUACUCCGGAACAAAAAUACAUGCAGAAUACAAUGUCAAGAAAAUCUUGACAUAUCGAGUAUUUUUCUUCCAAAGAAGAAUAUCUUGAAGACGAUUCAGUAAAAUUUUGCUCGGCUCUCUUUAUCAUAGCAUACAUCCAUAUCUACAAAGUCGAAUUAUGCAAUACAUAUUCAGCAAGGCGAUUUAACAACGGAACGAGUUGAUGUUAUUGUUGUAAGUUCAUCAUUACAGAUUUUACUCGAAAAUAUUUUUAAAGCUGGUGGAGAUGCCCUAAGAACAUUGUACAAUAGAGAAUCAAAAACAAAUCCAACAUCAGUCACUUCUAUUGCGAGUAGUGGACAACUUCGAUCGAAAAAAGUUUAUUUUAUACCAUGGCAAUCGAAUACCGAUGAGACUCUACUCUGUCAAUCAUUGAAACAAUUUAUUUUAACAGCAAUCGAGAAAGCAUCGAAUGAAAAUUAUCAUAGUAUUGCAUUUCCAGCUAUUGGUUGCGGUCAGUCUGGUUGCUCGAUCAGCCUUAUUGCAAAAACUUUAGUUGAAGACGCUCAUCGACUACUGGAUAUCCACGGUAUUUCUGUUUCCUUCAUAAUACAGCCUGACAGAGCAGAUAUUUAUCAUGAAUUUAAAAAGCAAAUCGAUUUAUUAAAGCAAUUCAAGCAGCCUUCAGAUACGUCAGCAAUGUCCGUUUCAGUUGGAAAAGGAACAAUUAUAGUUGAAAAGGGUAAUAUAACAACGCAGCAGGUACAGAACUAUGCACAUCAAACAGUACAAUAA